AGUAGAAAUACAUGGUGUUUAAGCCAGGAGCAAGCAAAGAUGCAUGCGGGGUAAGAUCCAGGCCUGGUGUCCACAUCCUUCCAGGUGAGCUGGGGCCGGGCUCCCUGAGGUCUGUUGGAACCGGGACAAGCCUCUGGAAACGGUCAGGGAGUUGCAGAAACCCACCGGGCAUCGGGUGUCAGGUUUGCUUCGGCCCCAGAGGCAGCCCCGUUCCUUCUCCUGAGGACUCACCCGCCUCCACACCCCUCCUCCUGCUGCUGCUCCAACUGGUCCGGGGCAGGAGGCCACAGACAGAGCCCUCAGGCUCCCUGGGAGCCCACACCUCCCACUCCGUGGGACGCACCCACUGAAGAGUGGUUGAGGGGCAGGCUCUGCUGCUGGCUAACCCCCACCCCGCCCUAUCCGGUACCGCCUUGUUACGUAGAAGUUACUCAGACUGACACCCUACCCAGUCCCCCUCGGGCGGUCGUCUGCCCUCUGUCUUCCCACCUCCAGGGCUACAGUGGGCAGCACAGCCAUCCCCAGUGUGACAGGGCCCUGGGAGCCUCAGGGCUGCCCCGGCCAGGUUGGUCUGCUCUGGCUACAUUCUGGCCAAGCUGCCCCUUCCUGCCGACCUGCAUAUGUAUUGUCACCUUCAGCUCUCAGCACUUCGGCCCCCUUGGGCAGUGAGGAAGGGCCCUGGAGGCGAGGUUGGGAGGAAGGAUAGCUAGAACAGGAUCCUGUCGGGAACAAGGGUGUGGGCUGCUCUCGCCCGGGGCUGCCUCGCUGAGAGCACCGCAGAGCGGGGGUGUGGGGGUGUCCAACUCUCCAGCCACAAACUGCUUCCUCCUUGUCUGCAGCCUGUGCAGGUUUGGCCUGUGAGUAAACACAUUUAUCAGCAACCCAAAUUGUCAUAGUCUCAGUGUUGUGCAAAUGCCAGACCCGUGAGCAGAGGAGCCUGCUAGCUUUCCUGCCUGGCCCUGAGGCCCAGAAACCUCUGGUCUUGUGUCCUGGGCUCUGGGAAGCCCUGGGCCUUGAGAAGUGGGGUUUGCAGGUGGUGACAGGAGGAGGGGAGGGAAGCCUCCAGGGCUGUGGGGUUCAGGCUCCCAGACCCCCCCGGCGCCUGCUGGAGACGAGAGCUGUGUUCUGUGGGACUGGGUGGAACUUCCUCAGCGUGGGAGGAGUCUGUUCUGGCCCGAGCUGGUCCUGUCUUUUUAGGAAUAAAUCCCUGGUAGCUCAGCAUCGGCAGGGGCCUUGCUGUGCCUCUGAUGUGACCGGCAUGCCGCCUUUGCACUUUGCUGUUGAGUAACUUGUACCACAAGGUCAAGGAACGGAAGGGUGAUUGCUGGCUGGCCAUUGUUCUAUAAUAACGGGGUCACCUGCAUGAGCUCAGGCACAGGCCAGCAUCCCCAGCCCUACCUGGGAGCCUCUCAGCAGCCUGGGGGGCCUCGUCCUGUACCACACAGGCAAGCGGACACACCCCCAGGUAGCAGAAGUCACCUGUGGCCCAGUGCCAGCCCCUGCUUUCUUGCGUUUCAUGCCAUUCACAUUAGGGUAAGAAUGGCUUUGAGACAAAAUGUGACAGCAUCACUCAGGCCAGCUUAGAUCCUCAGGGUUCCCUGUCCUCCCAGGAUAACCUCUGAGGCCCCGGCCUCUUCUUGCCACUGCCCCUUGACCUCUGUCCUCUGCCCUUAGGCCUGUGCAGGUGCCUGACUUGCCCUGCCCCGGUGCCCUCUCUCCAGGCAGGACUCCCUCCAGCCCCUUGCUGGCCCUGCCCUGCCUCUCCCCAGGGAGGCCCUGAGGGCCCCACCACCAUGUGAUCUGUCGAGCAGCGCCUCGUGUGGUCAUCUGAGCUGCCAUUCCUGCCACCACCACUGUUCCCACCCCAGGAGGGAAGCCUGGCUGUGAAAGCCCCAGGGAGGGGUCCUGGGUGGACCGUCUGUGGAGCUGUGGGGUCAGCCUGAACCUGCACCCUCGAGGCUGAGCCCACCACGGGGAAUGUGGCUACCAAGGGCAAGCACGCUUGGCCGCAGGCCUGGAGAAGCCGGAGCCAAGCCACGGUGGGCUGCUGCAGGCUUUGGUCCACGUCAGCCAGCGUCAGCUGCUGUCUGGGGAUCUUAGGCUGGGGAUGGCCCCUGCACCUGCCAUCACCUGGGCUGGGCCCCCCACCUAGGGCUCCCCCUCCCGACUUGGACACCUGCGGGCCCAUGCCUCUCCCACUCCAGUGAGGCCUCAGCCUGGUGGACAGGGCGCAGGCUUGAGGGGGCGGGUGGCAGAGCUUCCCACAGGGCUGAACCUAUGCCCAUAAAGCCAUGACUUGCCCCUGCCUGGGGCUUUCUGUUCCCCAGGAAGUCAGAGCCCCCGUCUCCUGAAACCGCCAGGCGGCCCUCACAAGUCCCUUCCCCUCCAGGACCUGCCUGGCGCCACCUCCUUCCAGCCGCCCGGUCCGCCGAGAGGCCCCCUCUCAGGGCGCUGGCCGGACUUGGGACAGGCUGUGGCUCAGUUUCCUCACCUGUGCAAGGGAGGAGGCUGGAUUGUGGGGGGAGGGGAAACGGACCCCGCCCCAGGUGCCGCGCGCCCCGCCCCUCCCACCGGCCGAGGGGCCCAUUGGCUGCGGGGCGCCGGGGCGCCGGGGCGGGGCGAGCGGAAAAGAGCCUCCGGCCAGGAGCGCAGUAACUAGACCGUGUCCCGCGGGGCUGUCACCUCCGCCUCCGCGCCCCGACCCGGCCAUGCGCGGCCUCGGACUCUGGCUGCUGGGCACGAUGAUGCUGCCUGCGAUCACCCCCAGCCGGCCCUGGGUCCUCAUGGAGCAGUAUGAGGUGGUGCUGCCACGGCGUCUGCCGGGACCCCGAGUCCGCCGAGCUCUGCCCUCCCACUUGGGCCUGCACCCAGAGAAGGUGAGCUAUGUCCUUGGGGCCACAGGGCACAACUUCACCCUGCACCUGCGGAAGAACAGGGACCUGCUGGGCUCCGGCUACACAGAGACCUACACAGCUGCCAAUGGCUCCGAGGUGACGGAGCAGCCUCGCGGGCAGGACCACUGCUUCUACCAGGGCCACGUGGAGGGGUACCCGGACUCAGCCGCCAGCCUCAGCACCUGUGCCGGCCUCAGGGGUUUCUUCCAGGUGGGCUCAGAUCUGCACCUGAUCGAGCCCCUGGAUGAAGGUGGUGAGAGCGGGCGGCACGCCGUGUACCAGGCCGAGCACCUGCUGCAGACGGCCGGGACCUGCGGGGUCAGCGACGAAAGCCUGGGCAGCCUCCUGGGGCCCCGGAUGGCAGCCGUCUUCAGGCCUCGGCCUGGGGACUCUCUGCCAUCCCGAGAGACCCGCUACGUGGAGCUGUAUGUGGUCGUGGACAAUGCAGAGUUCCAGAUGCUGGGGAGUGAAGCAGCCGUCCGCCAUCGGGUGCUGGAGGUAGUGAAUCAUGUGGACAAGCUAUAUCAGAAACUCAACUUCCGUGUGGUCCUGGUGGGCCUGGAGAUUUGGAAUAGUCAGGACAGGUUCCACGUCAGCCCCGACCCCAAUGUCACACUGGAGAACCUCCUGGCCUGGCAGGCGCAGCACGUGACACGGCGGCACCUGCAUGACAACGUGCAGCUCAUCACGGGUGUCGACUUCACCGGGACCACAGUGGGGUUUGCCAGGGUGUCUGCCAUGUGCUCCCACAGCUCAGGGGCUGUGAACCAGGACCACAGCAAGAACCCCGUGGGUGUGGCCUGCACCAUGGCCCACGAGAUGGGCCACAACCUGGGCAUGGACCACGAUGAGAACGUCCAGGGGUGCCGCUGCCGGGAACGCUCCCAGGCCGGCCGCUGCAUCAUGGCGGGCAGCAUUGGCUCCAGUUUCCCCAGGAUGUUCAGUGACUGCAGCCAGGCCUACCUGGAGAGCUUUUUGGAGCGGCCGCAGUCGGCCUGCCUCGCCAACGCCCCUGACCUCAGCCACCUGGUGGGCGGCCCUGUGUGCGGGAACCUGUUUGUGGAGCGUGGGGAGCAGUGCGACUGCGGCCCCCCCGAGGACUGCCAGAACCGCUGCUGCAACUCCACCACCUGCCAGCUGGCUGAGGGGGCCCAGUGUGCGCACGGUACCUGCUGCCAGGAGUGCAGGGUGAAGCCGGCUGCUGAGCCGUGCCGUCCCAAGAAGGACAUGUGUGACCUCGAGGAGUUCUGUGACGGCCGGCACCCUGAGUGCCCGGAAGACGCCUUCCAGGAGAACGGCACGCCCUGCUCCGGGGGCUACUGCUACAAUGGGACCUGCCCCACACUGGCCCAGCAGUGCCAGGCCUUGUGGGGGCCAGGUGGGCAGGCUGCCGAGGAGUCCUGCUUCUCCUACGACUUCCUACCAGGCUGCAAGACCAGCCGGUACAGGGCUGACAUGUGUGGCGUUCUGCAGUGCAAGGGCGGGCAGCAGCCCCCAGGGCGUGGCAUGUGCUUCCAGAACGUUGUGUGCCGAGCCCUCACCACAGAGGAUGGCACUGCCUAUGAACCAGUGCCCGAGGGCACCCGGUGCGGACCAGAGAAGGUUUGCUGGAAAGGACGUUGCCAGGACUUACACGUUUACAGAUCCAGAAACUGCUCCGCCCAGUGCCACAACCACGGGGUGUGCAACCACAAGCAGGAGUGCCACUGCCACGCGGGCUGGGCCCCGCCCCACUGCGCGAAGCUGCUGACUGAGGUGCACGCGGCGUCCGGGAGCCUCCUCAUCUUCGUGGUGGUGGUUGUGGUGCUCCUGGCAAUUGUGCUGGUCACCCUGGCAGGCAUCAUCGUCUACCGCAAAGCCCGGAGCCGCACCCGGAGCAGGAACAUGGCUCCCAAGACCACCAUGGGGCGCUCCAACCCCCUGUUCCACCAGGCUGCCAGCUGCAUGCCGGCCAAGGGCGGGGCUCCGGCCCCAUCUAGGGGCCCCCAAGAGCCGGUCCCCACCACCUACCCGGGCCAGCCCGCCGGACACCGGGCCUCCUCGGUGGCUCCUAAGAGGCCGCCCCCUGCUCCUCCAGUCACUGUGUCCAGCCCACCCUUCCCAGUUCCUGUCUAUACCCGGCAGGCACCAAAGCAGGUCAUCAAGCCGACGUUCGCGCCCCCAGUGCCCCCAGUCAAACCCGGGGCUGGUGUGGCCAACCCUGGUCCAGCUGAGGGUGCUGUUGGCCCAAAGGUUGCCCUGAAGCCCCCCAUCCAGAGGAAGCAAGGAGCCGGAGCUCCCACAGCACCCUAGGUGGGGCACCUGUGCCUGUAUGGAAAUUUGGAGAAGUUGCAGCAGAGAACCCAUGCGUUCCAGCAUUCCACAGUCCAGCUAGCGCCACUCAGCCCUAGACCCUGACUUUGCAGGCUCAGCUGCUGUUCUGACCUCAGGAAUGCGUCUACCUGAGAGGCUCCUGCUGUCCAUGCCCUCAGCCACUUCCUUCUCCCUGCCUUGGCCACGCGUAGCCCCAGCUGUCUGCAGGCACCAGGCUGGGAUGAGCUGUGUGCCUGUGGGUGCGUGUGUGUGUACGUGUCUCUAGGUGGCCACUGGUCUCCCCCUGUGUUCAGGAGGCCACAUACACAGCCCCUUGCAGCCACACCUGCCCCUGCUCUGGGGCCUGCUGAGCUGGCUGCCCUGGGCACCCGGUUCCAGGCAGCGCAUACGUGGGGCAUCCCCAGAAAGACUCCAUCCCAGGACCAGGUUCCCCUGCGUGCUCUUCGAGAGGGUGUCAGUGAGCGGACUGCACCCCAAGCUCCCGACUCCAGGUUCCCUGAUCUUGGGGCCUGUUUCCCAUGGGAUUCAAGAGGGACAGCCCCAGCUUUGUGUGUGUUUAAGCUUAGGAAUCGCCUUUAUGGAAAGGACUAUGUGGGAGAGUCAGCUGUCUUGUCUGGUUUUCUUGAGAUCUCAGAUGUGUGUUCAGCAGGGCUGAAAGCUUUUAUUCUUUAAUAAUGAGAAAUGUAUAUUUUACUAAUAAGUUA